UUUCAGUUAGGAGUUAGGAUAUCUCCUUGUCUCACGAGAAGCGAGACUUGUUAGGGAUGGUUAAGUAGAUAUACACCAUCUAGAGGUUACCACCCAACCAAUGAAACCGAUUCAUGUCCUUUAAAUAAUCUUCCCACCUUUUUUGCAUUUUAGAGCUCCCUAUGUAUUUACAUAUAUAUAAGCCAAUGCUAACAAACUUAAUUUAACACCAAACCCAAAAGUAGAGCUCAAAAGUUUCAGCUUUUCACUGGCCAAAAUGGGCCGGUGGACAAGAGGUCGAACUGUCGGUCGAGGCUCCUCGGCCACCGUUUCCAUGGCGUUUUCCAGCAGCUCUGGGGAGGUCUUCGCUGUGAAGUCGGCAGAGAUGUCCCGGUCUGAAUCCCUGCAGAGAGAGCAGAAAAUCCUAUCCUCCAUUAGCUCCCCUCACAUUGUCAGCUACAAGGGGUGGGAUGUCAUCGUAGAUGGCACCGAACUCGUCUGCAACCUGUUCGUGGAAUAUUGCCCAUGUGGAACAUUACGGGAUGCGAUUGACCGAUGCGGAGGCUGGCUAGGCGAGGCGGAGAUCACGAGAUACACACGGCAGAUCCUGAUUGGUCUGGAGCACCUCCACUGCCUGGGAAUAGUGCACUGCGAUGUGAAGCCUCGGAACAUCUUGAUCACUGAGGAGGGCGCAAAGAUUUCGGAUUUCGGGUGUGCCAAGAGAGUCGAGGAUCUUGCUGGCCCGACUGUCGGAACUCCGAUGUUCAUGGCGCCAGAAGUGGCAAGAGGAGAAGGGCAGGGGCAACCAGCUGAUGUGUGGGCCCUAGGGUGCACAGUGAUCGAGAUGGCCACUGGAAAGGCGCCGUGGCCGGAGUCCGGCGACCCCUUCUCGGUUAUGUACAGAGUAGCAUAUUCUGCCGCAUCACCGGAUAUCCCAAGCUGUCUCUCCGAUGAAGCUAAGGAUUUCUUGACCAAGUGCCUGAGGAAGGACCCGAGUGAGAGGUGGACGGUAACCCAACUGCUCAAGCAUCCGUUUCUUGCACGGCUGAAUUCCCCUGUUUCCAAGCAAUGUGAAGAACUAAAGUCAAGCUCUCCGACUUGCGUCCUCGAUCACGGGUUCUGGAGUUCAUCAUCGGAAGAAUUAGAUCACGACACCGUAGAUCCCGAACAGACGGUUCUGGUAAACUCGGCAGCUGAUCGGAUUGGACAGCUGUCAUCGAGCUCGGGUCGACCGGAUUGGACUUGGAAGGAGGAUUGGGGCCAUUGGACAACUGUGAGAGGGCAUUUUGAUGAGUUGAACAGACAACUCAGUGGGACUCUUUGUGGGUCCGAUGGGGGUCCAAUUGGUCUUAGUAACAUGGAAGGUCUGGAAAUCACUGUAAUUUCUAGGGAUGGUUGUAAAAAAUUUUCGAAGGGGUGUAAAUAUAGGGAAGGCGGCGAUGUAAUUAGUAGUGCCCAUGCUGGGCAGCACGGAGGUAACUCAGUUACAUUGAUUCCAAAGUUAUAACGGUUCUGUUAAGUACGUUUCGCGCAUCUAUAUCUCUCUCGAUCGAAAGGAUGAUUCGUCGAUAACCGGUGAAGAGGAGUACACCUAUGCAUCUUUGGUCCCUUGAGAUGGAAGAUGGCGACGGACGUUGACGGAUGAAAAUGGGUUAGAGUGGUUGCAAGAAGAAACCCGACUUGCCGGAAUUUGCACGCAUAAGAUACACUUACGUGGCCUAAAAAGAGGAGUUUAUGACUCAUUGAAUAAUUUUUUUUUUUAACUUUUUGGAAGGGGACUAUUCUCUCC